AUGGAUGUGGAAAAAUGGAAAAUUAGCCUGUCCUAUGAAGAUGAGAAUCAUCAGCAUAAAGUUCUUGAGGGAUUAAUGGACAGAACAGAUAUCUCCUAUUAUGAGUUAGUCAAAUUGAUCGAAGAAGUUGGCUUCUCACCGGCAUAUGAUUUCUUGUAUUACAGGAAGAAAUACCCGCGUGGUAGAGGCUAUCUGGUUCGCAUUGAUAAUGACAUUCAUGUGAGCAGAAUGAUAUCAGAACAUACCAAUGAGAAGAAGGUCCAGUUGUAUGUGUUCAACGAGGAGGCAAACAUUGAUGUUGCUCCAUCAGACCCUCAACGUGAGGAUGAUGGACCGAUUACCAGCUUAGAGGAGGAGGAGGUUGUCUUCGAUAAAGGAGCAGCAAAAACUAGGGCGGCGACGUCACAAAGUAAUAGCAACCGAACGGUGCAUAAAUCAAAAAGGUUGAAUGUGGUUCAGAGCCGCGCUGAGUACACCAAUGGGGAUUGUGACAAUAGUGAGCAUUCUCUGCUGUCACGUGAUUCAGUGUCCGAAACACAAGAAUUGGAGGAUAAUGAGGAUCAAUGCUUUGCAAGCACAUAA